AGGACCGUCACUCCCUGGAAUUGUAGACUAGAUGGCUGGAUUGCCGGGGUUUUGAGAGAUGGAGAGGCUGUGUUACUGUUUGGAGGCGCGUGGGUUUUGUGUACGGGAAGCUGUGGGUUUCGAGCAUUGGGAGUUGGCACAGCACUGUGGGUUUGUCUUCGGAGCAUUUGACUUGUGGUGUAACAGAUGGUGUUCUGCUUGGGUGGAUCCCAGAAGCCCAUAGCAUAUACUAGCAUGGAAGGAAAAAGUAACUAUUAUUAUACUGGCAUUCAUAAUACACAUAAAAAAAGGUUGGAAGGUUUUGUGCGUAUGCGGGAGGGUUGCUGUAUGGGACGUAAAAGAAUGAGACGCCACCCGUCAUUGGGUGUUAAGGUGAGCGAUGACAAAUUGUUGGAAGAGUCCUGGUAGCCUGCAGGUCGGCUCGAUAUAGCAACAGACCUUGGGGAGAUCUACUCCGCAUCUUCAGCUUACCGCCAUAGUAAAACCCUACUCCCACUUCAAUAAGUUUUCUGUUCUACUCGUGUCCGAUCGACUACUGAACCGCCGCAGAUGCAAACACCUCGAGACCAAAUACUUUAUAUUAAAAUAAACGAUGAACCCUGUUCGAGAGAGUUAAGGAUAUCUCUAUCCAGUGCAGUGUUCCAGCAGAUUUCUGGUUCUCGAGAUUCGAAGCAAGGCAUAAUUGGCGUUUCCCGAUUCUCGUGGUGGGGAUGCACUGGACGCGGAGAGAAUUGUCCUCGUCGCCUAUUUUUCGGCGAGGUGGAGAGCACACGCCCGCGUGUGCUCAAACGAACUCGGCAGGAAACGGCUCCAACAUGCUCUAAGGGACGGUCUACAUCUACUAGAAGGAUGACCGACAGUAUCGAUGCCGAUGGGAGUAUUGAUGAAGGAUUCGUCGGGAAAUCGGAGUCCCCCAAGUUCAUCCCAAGAUUCCAGUGGAACCGAUUUAAGUUUUAGGGGCAUCGGGGAGUUCUGCACUUGCCCGGCGCUUGUGAUUCAGAUUGUCGAACCUAAGGUGUCGUCGCAGUGGCAACAUCCCGUAAGGACCGAGAAGCGAAUGAGCACCGUCAGAUUCCUGCAGUCCCUCUUUCAAGUUAAAUUGGAGCAGCCCCACCUCGUCACUAAGACAAGAAGUUUCGGUCUCAAAAUUCGUCACAGCACCGCUUCGAAACGGAAUCAUCCACCUGUGGAUCUGAGAUCGACGUGGAAAUUGCAUUCUGCUGCUAUACCCUGGAUGGAAAUGUCGGGAUGAAGGAUUGUCCGGAAAAGCAUACGUCAUACGGAAGGGUACCACGGCUAGUGCGUACUAUCUGUCCUUUGGGUUUCUUUAAUUAGGGCCUGGGCAGCCUUGGGCGAUGCUUCUGGGCCAGUGCACGAUGAUGCUGCGACCGAGUUUUUUGCGACCUGAUCUUGGCGUCAUUGUAGCGCUGCUCAUUGAAUCAGUAAAGCGUGAAGUGAUAGAAUGGGAGGGAAGUGCAUAUAAAGAGCGAGUGCGCUCUGAAUUUGUAUCACUCCUGGUCGAUCUUUGGGCAUUGGAAGAUUGUUCUGAAAGUCAACCUUCAGGAGGUAUCAGAUUGGUGGGUUCAAAAUGGCGGCUGCACUACCGGAGUACCUCUGGUUCGUGGUCAUUGGUGCGUUUGCGGCCUUCGGGUUCGGCUGGGGAAAUGGAGCGAAUGACUUGGCAAAUGGGUUCGCUACCUCGGUGGGAAGCAAGACCCUGACGAUGAAACAGGCCGUUCUGAUUGCAAUUGUGUUUGAUUUCUUGGGUGCCAUGCUGCUCGGUCGAGUGGUGACCAACACCAUAGCGAGCGGAGUGGCUGAUAUUAACAGCUUCUCUGCUAAUCCCGAAGUGUAUGCCUAUGGCAUGAUUUGCGCGUGCAUUGCUGGUACAAUCUGGAUUGCGGUCGCUUCGAAGAUUGGAGUAAAUGUCUCUGGCACCCACUUCAUUGUUGCCAGUAUCGUCUCUUUUGGCUUGAUCUGGGACGGCUCGGAGGCAAUCAUCUGGAGGGAGAAGGAUUCCUCUGCUGCCUUUCCUUACAAGGGCGUCAUUACUAUCGUUGUAUCGUGGAUAUUCUCUCCUAUCCUCACCGCUGCUUGCUCCGCUAUUCUGUUUGGAGUGGUCCGCACCUUAGUGCUGCGACGCAAGAACGCCUACACUCUGGCCUUCUGGACCUUGCCCCCAAUUGUGUUCACCACCACGUUCAUUAACAUGUACUUCAUCUUCACAAAGGGAAUCAAGAAGCAGCUCGUCACAGAGAAGAAGCAGUGGACGGACGACAAAUCAGCUUGGGUCGCUGCAGUCAUUGCAGCCAGCGCGUUUGUUCUCACUGCUGUUGCCAUCGCACCUUUGCUGAAGCGCCACUGUGACAAACUCUUUGACAGCAAUGGUAACUUCAUCGCUCCUCCUGCGCCCGAUGUUGAAGCCAAGGGAGAUGACAUUGAUGGUGACAAAGUUGCACCCCCUCUAAAUCAGAACAACUUGCAGAAGUGGGGAUCGAAGGCGUGGAAGGUAGCCACCCACGGCCUGAACGUGGAUAUUCAUGAUGUGGUGAAGACCAGCGCCACAGUUGGGGCUAUUCAUGAAAAUGCAGAGGUGUUUGAGCCCCGUGUCGAAUACGCCUUCAUGUACCUUCAGGUGUUUUCUGCCAUCUGUGUCAUCUUCGCGCACGGUGCCGGAGAAGUUGGAUAUGCUGCAGGUCCUAUGUCUACAAUCUACCACGUGUGGAAGGAUGGAAAGCUGACCAAGGGUCAGGUGCCACCUCUGUGGAUCAUCUUCUUCGGUGCCGUCGCUCUGGUAGUUGGUCUUGCCACCUACGGUUACCACACCAUGCGUGCCAUGGGAGUGAAGCUCGCCAAGUUGACCCCUACUCGUGGUUUCGCAGCUGAAUUGGCCACGGCUCUCACUGUCACAGUGGCUUCCCAGUACGGCCUGCCGCAAUCUGGAAGUCUGUGCAUUGUCGGUGCUGUUGUCGGAAUCGGAAUUAUGGAAGGUCGGUCUGGUGUGAACUGGAAGCAAUUUGCUCUGCAGUUCUGCAGUUGGGUGGGAAGCGUGAUCCUCGUGGGUCUAACCACUGCUGUUCUCUUCGCAAUUGGCAUCUACACUCCAUCAGCUGUAGACGCUAAGGCGCUCAUGUCAUACAAGACUGAGAUCUCCGCUAUUAAUGCUAACUUUUACAAGGAGUUGAAUACGACAUUGUACAACUUCAGGGAGGCCAGCAGUACUAAUAACCUCACUCAGUUGUCGGAGGCUGAGUGGAUCAGAUUGAACACCACAUUUGCCCAAGCCGCGGCGGCUGUGAAGGCCGUUUCCGUCCCCGCUAAAGUUGGCACAGUGCGGCCGGCAGUAUAUCUCGGAAACCUGAGGAAGGGUCUCGCCGAAAUCCAAAACUUCACCGUCCUCACCUUGGGCCAGAAGAACGUCUUCCCUGGAUCGUUAACAUGUAACAGUAACAUUACGGCCGAAAUCGGUAAAGUACCGGCGAUCUGUAAAGCCCCGAAGUUGAUAUGACAGGAAAAGUCCCAUGUAUUCGCGUGAAUUCCGAUAGUUGGAGUCGUAAAUAAUGGGCAAAACUGCGUGAACAAGGAAAUGGCGUGCUUGUUUUGAUCGCCGAUGGUGAUACGUGGACAACUUUUGGAGAGAGAUGGAGUUAGCCCAGAAGCGUUGUGUAGUUCACAAAGUUACUGCUACAUAUUUAGCAAUCCAGAAGCCAAUUGUACUCACAGGGUUUCAAGAGGGCAGUAGUUUACUCAACAGCCUUUGGGUGAAGGGGUGGGGGUGUAUUGUCUGUGUGUUUUAGAAACAGCUUUCGAUUCUGUCCAAGGGUAGAAACCAGUAGAGUGAAACUUGUCGCUGAUCGACAAAUCCGGUGAUCGAAAUGCAAAACGUAGGGAAAUCCCCUCAAUGGGAAGUGUUCGUGUGUCCCACGCGCUGGGAUCAACAACGUACUUGACACGUUUUUUAAGAAAAAUUCGGCAGUAAAUUUCUUAAGUUGACUUCC